AUGGGGAAGAUUCGCAGCUUCGUCCUGGUCACCAUUGCUCUGAUAAUGAGCAGGGAAAGCUGGGCCCUGGAGAAUGUGAACUGUUUGCGGGAGCAGGAAAGGCUUCGAGCUCAGGUGCACCAGCUUGAGACCCGCGUCAAACAACAACAGGCCAUGAUUGCCCAGCUCAUGCAUGAGAAGGAAGUCCAGUUCCUUGAUAAAGGACCAGAGGACAAUUUCAUUGACCUUGGAGGCAAGAGGCAAUAUGCAGAUUGUUCAGAGAUUUACAAUGAUGGAUUUAAGCAGAGUGGAUUUUACAAAAUCAAACCUCUCCAGAGCCAGGCAAGCUUCUCUGUUUAUUGUGACAUGUCUGAUGGAGGAGGAUGGACUGUAAUUCAGAGACGAUCUGAUGGCAGCGAGAACUUUAGCAGGGGUUGGAAUGACUACGAAAAUGGCUUUGGAAACUUUGUCCGAAGCAAUGGUGAAUAUUGGCUGGGUAACAAAAACCUUAACCUACUGACUAUGCAAGGAGACUAUACUUUAAAAAUUGACCUGACAGAUUUUGAGAAAAACAGUCGCUUUGCACAAUACAAACAUUUUAAAGUUGGAGAGAAAAAGUCUUUUUAUGAACUGAACAUUGGAGAAUACUCUGGAACAGCUGGGGACUCCCUUUCAGGGACUUUUCACCCUGAAGUGCAGUGGUGGGCUAGUCACCAAAGAAUGAAGUUCAGCACAUGGGACAGGGAUAAUGACAACUACAACGGGAACUGUGCCGAAGAGGAGCAGUCUGGCUGGUGGUUUAACAGGUGUCACUCCGCAAACCUGAAUGGUGUGUACUAUCAGGGCCCCUAUACAGCAGAAACUGAUAAUGGGGUUGUCUGGUACACCUGGCAUGGGUGGUGGUAUUCUUUGAAAUCUGUGGUUAUGAAAAUUAGGCCAAAUGAUUUUAUUCCAAAUAUCAUUUAG